CGACACUUGCCGGCUGAGGGAGUUUGUGAGAAGCCAACGGAGCCGCUCUUCGCCAUGCCUGGCCCCAAUCCCAGCGCCACCAACGUGGGCGCCUCCGGCCGCUCGCCCAGCAAAGCCGUCGCCUCGCGGGCCCCAGGAUCCACCGUCAGGCAGAGGAAAAGUGCUAGCUGUGGAACAAGGAGUGCAGGCCGUACAACUUCUGCAGGCACUGGAGGGAUGUGGAGAUUUUAUACAGAGGAUUCCCCCGGCCUCAAAGUUGGUCCUGUUCCAGUUCUCGUUAUGAGUCUCCUCUUUAUUGCAUCUGUAUUCAUGUUGCACAUCUGGGGCAAAUACACUCGGUCAUAGACUUCACUAUAUCCCACCUGCCAACUUGAAAACUACGAUUUGGACCAAAAGUAUGGUAGCUUUCAGAGUUUACUUGGAGUCAAGUCAUUUGAGCUGUUUCUCUAGAUAAAACUAUUGAUUUUUUUCCUUAAUUGGUUUUGCUGUUGAAUGGACUCUUAAACUUUCUCU